CCGAGCAUGAUGUCUUAUCUCAAGCAGGCCCCGUACGGGAUGAACGGACUGGGCCUGAGCGGGGCCGCCAUGGACCUGCUGCACCCGUCUGUGGGGUACCCCGGAAACCCGCGCAAGCAGCGCCGCGAGCGCACCACGUUCACGCGCACGCAGCUGGACAUUCUGGAGUCGCUGUUCGGCAAGACGCGCUACCCCGACAUCUUCAUGCGGGAGGAGGUCGCGCUGAAGAUCAACCUGCCGGAGUCCCGGGUGCAGGUCUGGUUUAAGAACCGCCGGGCCAAGUGCCGGCAGCAGCAGCAGAGCAGCAACAGCGCCAAGGCCAAGCCCAUGAAGAAGAAGUCGUCCCCGGCGAGAGAGAGCACCGGCUCCGAGAGCAGCGGCCAGUUCACCCCGCCGGCGGUGUCCAGCUCCUCCUCCUCCAGCUCCUCCUCCACCACGUCCUCCUCCGGCCUCGGCGGUCCCGGUCUGCUCGCCGCCGCCGCCCCGGUGUCGUCCAUCUGGAGCCCGGCGCCCAUCUCCCCGGCCCCGGCGCCGGCCUCGCUGCCGGACCCCGCCGCCGUGGCCCCCGCCAGCGCCUCCUGCAUGCAGCGCUCCGCCUCGUCCACCGGGGGCGGGGGGGCGCCGUCCUACCCGGUGUCCUACAGCCAGACGGCGGCGGCGUACGGCCAGGGCUACCCGGCCGCGGCGUCGGGCUCCUACUUCGGCGGCGUGGAGUGCGGCUCGUACCUGGCGCCCAUGCACUCCCACCACCACCCGCACCACCCGCACCAGCUCAGCCCCAUGACCGGCGGCGCCAUGUCGGGACACCCGCACCACCACAUCGGCCAGACGUCGGGGCACCACCACCACCACCACCACCAGUCGCACCACCACCAGGCCUACAGCGCGCCGGGCCUCGCCUUCAACUCCACGGAGUGUCUGGAUUACAAAGAGCAGACGGCGGCGGCGUCGGCCUGGAAACUCAACUUCAACGCCUCCGACUGUUUGGACUACAAAGACCAGGCGGCGUGGCGCUUCCAAGUGCUGUGACCCCCCACCACCACCACCACCACCACCACCACCACCACCACCCACCCCCGGUUGUUUCUCUUCUUCUCCGCGUACAAAGAAGUCAUUUCUUUUCGUUGUCGGUGGUUUAUAUUUUGAAGAAACUUUUAAACUAAUAUUAGAGACGUUUUUAAGAACGUUUAUUUGUGAGGGAACUGAAAACGACGAGAAGGCGCCGUCGGGCCUCGGGGGGUUCGGCGCAAUCGACGUCAGCGGGAUUAUUUUUCUACUCCAGAACUCUCGAGAGAAACUGACCCAUUUACAACUCUUGAAGGCCUUUUUUUUUAAUUCAUAGUACAAUUCCAGUGGAACCUGUGAGAUUGUGCAGUCUGGGAUCAAUCGGUUAACUUCAUCUUGAUCGGGAUUAAUCUUGGAAGAAUAUACAUGAGACUCUCGACUGGGCUUUUCAGAACAAAACUCUGCUGUUGUUAAAAAAAAUAAAACAUGAAAAAAUAAACACGAUGCUGCUAUUAUGAUUUUUUUCGGGAUCGCUGAUGUUCAACUCUUAUCUGAUUUCAAACUUUUAAAUCUCGUUCAGAAACUCGUGGUAUAGCCUGUGGGGUGUUGUCUUUUUUUUGGGAGAUUGAAUUUGCAGCACUUGUUUAUAAGGUGAAAAGAUCUUUUUUUUUGUUGCUAUUUGUUCUUUGCGGAGGGCAAAAGAAAAUUAAAAAAUAUGUGAAAUUAGACACGCAAUGUCAGUAUUCCAUUGAAAUUUGAAAGAUGUACAUUCGUGUCUUUAUAAUAAAGUCUUGUAAAACAUGA